CCAGGCCCGCCCGCUGCAGGUGGAGCAGCCGCGGGCCGCGAGUAGGUGCGCGGGAUGAUCUCACCGCGUGCUGCGCGCCAGGAGGAGGAGGAGGAGCGGGAGGAGCGGGAGCGAUCCCAACUUCCGGGUAGUGCAGCCGCACGCCGCGCCACCGGCGUCUUGCUUUCUGCUCCCCCUCCCCCGUGUCCCCCUCGCCUCUCCCUCCUUGCCUUUUAUCCCCAGCCCCACCCGCCAAAAUGAACAGCUCGGACGAGGAGAAGCAGCUGCAGCUCAUCACCAGCUUGAAGGAGCAAGCAAUAGGCGACUAUGAAGACCUUCGAGCAGAGAACCAGAAAACAAAGGAGAAGUGUGACAAAAUUAGGCAAGAAAGAGAUGAAGCUGUUAAAAAACUGGAAGAAUUUCAGAAAAUUUCUCACAUGGUCAUAGAGGAAGUGAAUUUCAUGCAGAACCAUCUUGAGAUAGAGAAGACGUGUCGGGAGAGUGCUGAAGCCUUGGCAACAAAGCUAAACAAAGAGAAUAAAACACUGAAAAGAAUCAGCAUGUUAUACAUGGCCAAACUGGGACCAGACGUCAUAACAGAAGAGAUCAACAUUGACGAUGACGACCCUGCCACCGACACGGACGGUGCAGUCGAGACUUGUGUAUCCGUUCAGUGCCAGAAACAAAUCAAAGAACUCCGAGAUCAAAUUGUGUCUGUCCAAGAAGAAAAGAAGGUGCUAGCCAUUGAACUGGAAAAUCUCAAGAGCAAACUUGUGGAGGCGAUGGAGGAAGUAAAUAAAGUUAAGCAAGAAAAGGCUGCCUUAAAUUCAGAAGUUCUUGAGCAGAGGAAAGUCCUAGAAAAAUGCAACAGAGUGUCCAUGCUGGCCGUCGAAGAGUAUGAGGAGCUGCAGGUGAAUCUGGAGCUGGAGAAAGACCUUCGCAAGAAAGCAGAAUCGUUUGCACAAGAGAUGUUCAUUGAGCAAAACAAGCUGAAGAGGCAAAGCCAGCUUCUGCUGCAGAGCUCCCUUCCCGACCAGCAGUUGUUGAAAGCUUUAGACGAAAACUCAAAACUCAUCCAGCAGCUCGAAGAAGAGAGGAUCCAGCAUCAGCAAAAGGUCAAAGAGUUAGAGGAGAAGCUGGAGAAUGAGGCUCUGCACAAAGAGAUCCACAACCUCAGACAACAGCUGGAGCUCCUGGAAGAGGACAAGAAGGAGCUGGAGCAGAAAUACCAGAGCUCGGAGGAGAAAGCCAGGAAUCUGAAGCAUUCAGUGGAUGAACUCCAGAAACGAGUGAACCAGUCGGAGAAUUCGGUGCCUCCCCCACCUCCUCCUCCUCCGCCUCUCCCCCCUCCACCGCCCAAUCCAAUCCGAUCUCUCAUGUCUAUGAUCCGGAAACGAUCCCACCCCAGUGGCAGCAGUGCUAAGAAGGAAAAGGCCACUCAGCCAGAAACAGCGGAGGAAGUCACAGACCUGAAGAGACAAGCGGUGGAAGAGAUGAUGGACAGAAUUAAACGGGGAGUUCAUCUUAGACCAGUUAACCAGACGGCCAGACCCAAGCCAGACUCCUUAAAGGGCUCAGAGAGCGCGGUGGAUGAGCUGAAGGGAAUUCUGGGGACACUUAACAAAUCCACUAGUUCGAGAAGCUUAAAAUCCCUUGGCCCCGAGAACAGUGAAACUGAGUUAGAGAGGAUUUUACGUCGCAGGAAGGUGACGGCAGAAGCAGAUAGCAGUAGUCCUACCGGGAUAUUAGCCACCUCAGAGUCCAAAUCCAUGCCAGUGUUGGGUUCUGUAUCCAGUGUAAAAACAGCCUUGAACAAGAAAACUCUGGAGGCAGAAUUCAACAGCCCGUGUCCCCUAACACCUGAGCCAGGUGAAGGGCCCCGUAAAUCGGAAGGAUGCACGAAUUCCAAGGUUACGUUUCAGCCUCCCAGUAAAGGUGGAUACAGGAGACAAUGUGUGGGCAGUGAGAAGCAGGCUGAGCCAGUUGUAGUUUUAGAUCCUGUUUCCACACAUGAACCCCAAACCAAAGACCAGGCUGCUGAAAAAGACCCAACUCAAUGCAAGGAGGAAGGAGGUGAAGUACAGCCUGAAGACAAGGAGGACAGCCGUGGGAAAGCGGGAGAGACGGACAGUUCCAGCUGCUGAUCUGAAGCCAGAGGCCGGCAUGUUUGCGAGCCCUUGCCCAUAAGCACGUGGCUCAUUUGGGUUACUGUCAAGGACCACUGGACACUUCCUUUGUUCUGGCCACACACUUUUUUGCUGGUAUCACUUGUAAGUAGCAAGUAUAAACAUAAGUAAGCUGUUUAGCAAGAUGCAUCUUCUGGGUAGUAUUUUUUAUCUUUAUGGGGUAAGGGUUCUUUCUGGUUUCUAUGUCGAGUGUGACUUAUUCGAGAAGGUGGCGGGAAACUUGGGUGUUGAUGUCUUUGUUAGGAAUUGUGCACACUACUCUUCAAAUGUAUCCAUGAUGAAAUUCAAGGUGGCUGCCAGAAACUGGGUAGACAGAGGGCCACCAAACUUUAAUCCAAUCCUUCUGCGUGCAACCCUAGCACCAGGGAGACGGAGGCAGGAGGAUUGCUUGAGCCUGGACUUCAGUUUGGGUCACAUUGCAAGACUCCAUCUAAAGAGUCUUUAUUCUCCACCUACAGGCUCCCUAAAGGAGCCUCUUUGGGGUGCUGCUCUUUGGAUGGGGAGACUGAAGCAGCCUGGAAGUCAGUGAGCCCAGUAGCAUCUCUGUUUUGUGGAGUGCUAUAGGGAUAUUUUGUUUAUGGUCUAACAAAGUUUGCCUGAUGAUCAGAGAAGCAAAGCAGCCAAGCUACUAGAGAACUCUUAACCUCUAUUGAACAGAGCGAGUUCCUAUCUCAUCCUGCCUUAUAUUCCUGUCUAGUGCUGAGAUUAAAGGCGUGCACCACCACAGCCUGGCCUCUGUGGCUAACUAGUGUGUCUGCUGGGAUUUGUGUGCCAGCACUGCCCAGCCUGUGUAGCUGACUAGUGUGGCUGCUUUGCCCUCUGAUCUUCAGGAAAACUUUGUUAGAUCAUAAACAAAAUAUCACUAUAGGGUGUGUUGAGACCAUCCAUGGGAGAGCUCCAAGGUGGCAACCAGCUUCAAGGUCUCUUAGCAUGUGAAAAACAUGCCCCUGUGUCCAAGGCUUGCCAGGGAUUUCGGGGUUCCCGCUGCUGAAUAGAGCAAUGAGAUGGAAGCCCAAACCUUGAAUUUAAAAGAAGUCCCCUGGCAAACCAUACUCCUGUGUUUCCCCACACAUUCCCAUGGCACAAGCACCAGAUUUUACUCCAGAUUUUAUGCACAGUGAAGAUAAGUGACAAGCACACUUUUUUUCCUUGCUUCACUGCCGUACUAUAUUACAUGGGUCUUUUUGUUUUAUUUUUUAGAGGAAAUUAAGAGGUAGUUUCUAAAAAUACAAUGUUUCAUACUACCACAAGGAAUAAAUAGAAAUGUAAUCAGGGAUUUAAAAAAAACAACUUAUGCAGGUUUUCAAGUCGAUUGUUUCAAAAUUGGUGUUUAUUUAAAAUAAGUGGUAAUGUACUUGAAUGCACUUUUUAUGAUAAUGACUCAGUAAUGGUAAUUUUACUAUUAAAGCAAGCGAAAGGCUUAGUUUUGUUAGCAUGACUCAGCAUGUAGUUGUCAGGUGCUUAGCACCUAAGGGCAAAAGAAAAUGAUAGUAACAAUUGCAGUAGUUGUGUCCUAUUGUGUUUCUGCACAUGUGCUGCUAGCGUAGGCUUGAGCAGUGGGGAGGCAGGUGAGAACACUUCCUCACUUUGGAGACAAUUCUUUCUGUAGGUUCAUUAGGUUUUACUGUUUCCGUGUUCCUUCUGUGCUGAUUUUAUCACUCCCUGUCAGUUUACUUAUGGGGAAUUAAAACGUGAUUUUUUUUCCAACUGUGUGUUUCCAUAACUGAAUGAUAUGCUCACUGCAAGUGGAUUCAUUUGUUCAGAUGGGUUCCGCUGUGCUGUGAUUUGAACUCUCCUCAACACAACACAUUAAAAGAGACACACAACGAUUUCUCA